UUACAAAUCUUUGCUCUGUUUUUUUAUAAUGUUUUCCAGAGACAGUGUUUCCCACGUGUUUCUUGCUAAGCCACCUACAAGGCUACAAGGCUGCAACGAGAAGUCAAGAACGCAAAAGAUUCAUCAUUGGACCUGGGAAGAAGACAGCCGAAGAAGUUUGGAACUAAAAAUAGAAUUUGAUUCCAAUCACGCCUCCUCUCUGGUACAAAGGCACAGAUCCGUUUCUUGACAGUGGGAAAUUUCUGCUUCCUCUUCACUUCCAAGCUUCUGGACGUUAUCAACCGCAGUCGUUUCUCAGUUCCUCUCGCCGGAAACGACGAGGGAGAGAGAAAGAUUGGAGCUUUCCCACUCAAAAACGAUGGAGCAAAUAUGGUGGGUUUUGGUCGCCACUGCAGCAGCAUUGCUAAUACCCUUGAUCAAAAUCGCCUUCUCCAAGUCCAAACCACUACGCUCCUCGAAGAAGAAAUUAGCCGAAUCGCCGGACCCAGAACCAGAAUCAGAAGCAUCGCAAUCGGUCGAGCUUUCUGCUCCCUCUAAUUCGCCGCCGGAGCUUCCCGUCGGGGAAUACGAGGUGUUUCUGAGCUUCCGAGGUCCCGACACUCGCCUCACUUUCACCGAUUUCCUCUACACCUACCUGGUUCAAGCCAAGAUCCGCACUUUUAGGGAUGACGACGAGCUCCGCAAGGGGGAGACAAUUGGGCCCGAGCUCAUCAAGGCAAUUGAAGAGUCAAAGAUUGGGAUCCCCAUUUUCUCCCCAAACUACGCCGCCAGCAAGUGGUGCCUCCAGGAGCUUGCGAAGAUGGUGGAGUGCAAGAGGAAGAAAGGGCAGGUCAUUUUGCCCGUGUUCUAUUAUGUUGAACCCACCGAUGUAAGGCAUCAGAGAGGGAGUUACAAGCAGGCGUUUGAGGAGCAUAGCAAGAAGUUUGAUAAGAAGACGGUGGAUGAAUGGAGGGCUGCUAUGGAAGAGGUUGGAGCAUUGAAAGGAUGGGUUGUCAAGGACUCAAUUUGGCAAGGAGCUACAAUUCAGAAUCUGUUUUCAGCUGUAUGGUCGGCAUUGAGGAGGGAGUACUUGUUAGUGACUGAUAGCUUGGUUGGGAUUGAGCAUCAUGUAGAGGAAAUGAUGAAAUUACUGGAUUUGGAUUCCAAAGAGGUGAAAAUUGUUGGGAUUUUUGGUAUAAGUGGGAUUGGCAAGACGACUAUAGCCAAGGCUGUUUACAACAAACUGUUCGAGCAGUUUGAUCAUUGUUGCUUUUUGGAAGACGUGCGAGGAACGUUACAAGAAUAUGGGGGCACUGUCAAGUUGCAGAACAAGCUCAUCUCUAGCGUUUUGAAGGUGGAAGCCGACAUUGAUAAUGUUAGUCAAGGGGUCAACUUGAUGAGAAACAGAGUCUUGAAGUACAAGCUUCUGAUAAUUCUUGAUGAUGUGGAUAAGAAAUUUGAAUUCGACAAGAUCUUAGGACAUGCGGAUGAGUUUUCCCCCGGUAGCAGGAUUAUUAUCACAACAAGAGACAGGACAGUCCUUAAUCGUCUUAAGGUGCAUCUGAGAUAUGAACCCCCUGCAAUGAAUCCAGAACAUGCUCUUCAACUUUUCAGCAAGCAUGCCUUUGGUGAGGAUUCUCCUCCAGAAGACUAUGCAAAACUAUCUUCUGACAUUGUAUCAACUGUAGCAGGGGUUCCUUCAGCCCUUAAGGAUGUAGGGUCACGUUUGUCCGGAGAAGAUAGAGCAGUGUGGGAAGAAACUUUGAUGAAAUUGAAAGAUAAAGCCAGCGAGAACGGCAACUUGAUAAGUUGAGGACCUGAGGUAACUUCUGUGGUACUAAGAAGGUUUUAUCUUGAAAUUUGAGUCUUUCAGAAGGUUAUCUUGAACUUGCCAAGAUUGACAACAUUGAAGUACUCCAGUCUCUGGAAGUUCUAGAAUAUUUGAGAUCAGUGUGCCUUCAGUUGAUUACAAGAUUGGCUUGUCUGUCCUAGUUAAUUAAGUUAGAAUUUCUACUCAUAAAAAAGAUGCAGUCUUUAGAUGAGAUUGAGGCCCUCAGGGGCUUGAAGGUGUUGGUGAAACUGGAGCUAUUGGGGAGCUAUAUCUGCUUCUGCUUAAUUCUUGGCUUAUGAACUAUUUGUCAUAUUGUUUAAACAAAUGUAUCACACUGCCUUGUAAACAGGUUUAUGUCAGACAUAAAUUAGUCAGAGCUUGUUCAUGCUCCAGAAAUAUUGUCUUCUCUAAAGUCUGCCUUUCUAUUUGCAUAAAAAGUUAUACGUUUUAGACAAUUGCUUCUGUUAUCAAUCAAUGAACCAAAUGGCAUGACCAAAAUAGGCAGAUGCAAGAGAGCUGAACUUGAAGAAAGGUAAAGGAUGGGUAUGGUUGCUGCAGACACAGAUGACAGGGGAGAAAUGAAGAUCAGCCUGUGGCUGCUCUCAUCCCAUCUGGAGAUAUCUGAGCAGUUAAAAAGCUUCUUUUUCUUUUAUACUUCAGAGCUAAUGGCUUUACAUGUUUACAAGGGAAACAUAUGAUGUCUGUGGAAGUAAGCAUCUCACUUGACAGAUAGCACUGUAACUAUGAUGCUAAGAGUGGCAUUCAUGACUCUGGUUACUGCUUUUUAGAAUGAGAACUAUGAGCUCUUUAUAUUUCUUCUGAGAAAUGCAACUUUUAUGAAUUCCACAGUCUGAAUCGAGCCAUUUUAGAAAUUCCCCAAUGUUUGAAUGGUUGUAUUGUAUUAAGUAUUAACCAGACAUGAUAAUUUGACCGGGAAGGAUCUGAAAUAGAAGGAUACACCCCGA